UAGUCUCAUUAAUUAUGUGUAAAAUUCCAAGUUAAUUAUCAAAACUCUAGACAAAUAUUAAAUUACUAAGGAUGCUGGUUUGACCACCUUUGAUUAUUUGCUUAAGCUAUGUUGCAAUGUAAAGAUUUCACGUAAUUCUUAUUGGUAAAGUGGUGGAAGAAAAAUGAACUGUAUAAAAACGGAAUCUGACGAUUUAAUAUGCCGCGGCUGCCUCAGCACGGACCGCCGGCUCUCACCUUUAGCGAACUAUGACAUGUUUCUUAGUUUAUUGGUCGAAAAACAGAGGACCGAGGCAUUGAGUAAGCCAUACAUACUUAUAUGUUGGGAAUGUAAUGCGACUUUGAGGAGAUUCCAGUUGUUCCAAGGCCAGGUGCGGCGGGCCCACACGGUUCUUGAAGAAUCAUUAACACUUCCACCAAAAAACACAUUAUCCUGUCUCAGUAUUAGAAUUAAAGAUAAGUAUGACGCUUGUUUCGAAGACACUCAACUUCUAGAAGAGAACCCGUAUUUUAAAAUUCCCUCUCUCGAGUCCAUUAAACGUGAAACACCGAGAAAUGAAACAGAAACAGAUAAUGAUGUUAUCAAAGUCGAAAAUGCAAUAAGUGUUAGUAAUAAGGGAUUAAAUGUUCCGCCCAAAAACAGAAAAAUAAAAAGCAAAACUAUAGAAAAGAAGAAAAGAAAAGUAAAAUCCGAAGAACCUUUAGUAACCACUUUGAAAGUAGAUAAAAGUAAAAAGAAAAGCAAAAAGAAAGAUAAAAUCAAACACGUAGAAAUUGAAGUUUGUAAUGUGAAUGAAAACCAAGCCGAUGAUAAAGUAGAAGUUAAAGUGGAAAGAGUUAGUGAUGUUGAAGAGAAUCAUUGGAUGCAAGACGCUUUUGACGACGAACAGCAUGUAACAGAUAAUUAUGACUCGGACGAUAGCUAUAAAGAUGAGAAACAAAAAAGAGAAUGUAAGAAGAGACUCUUAACUUUCAAGAAAACUAUUAUAGAUUAUAGUGAAGAUGUUUCACAGUAUUUUACAGAGGUUGUAAUGAGUGAAGGGGAAAUGAGGGAUGUAUUGGAGAAUCAAGUCGAGCUUGUAAACAAAGCGAAGCCAUACCGAUGCGAGUUUUGUGGACUCUGUUUUAAGCAGAAGAAGACUUUGACUGGUCAUGUCGGUCAUAGUCAUAGAAAGGCAAAGCACAAAGAUCAAAUUAAAAAGGAACCAGACGAGGCAAGCGAUCGUUUCUUCCUCUACCGCUGCUGCUACUGCGACAGAAUGCUACGGAAGGAGCACACACACUCACACCUGCAUGAGCACCACCGGCACAAGUACCAGUGCCUGGGCUGCAGAUGGUCGGAGGCUUUCUUCUGGUGAGUUAUAGCUGA